AUGAAAGAGAUCGUGUUCAGUCCAGACGCCGUCCCUCCCCUCACUACUUUCUCUCAGGCCAUCAAAUCUAAAGGGUUCAUAUACGUCUCAGGCAACAUCGGAUGUACGCAGGAUUUCACCAUCGUCGAGGGCGGAGUGGGGGCGCAAACAGUUGUUGCCCUUGAAAGUAUUCGCAAUAUUCUCCAGGCUGCAGGAUCGGGACUACAUCACGUUGUGAAAGCGAACAUCUAUCUCACAGAUCUAGAAAGGGACUUUUCUCAGAUGAACAGUGCAUAUAUGACGUUCUUCAAUGAACGCGCGAUGCCUGCCAGAACUUGCGUUGGUGUAGCUCGUCUUCCACUGGGCGCAAGCGUCGAGAUCGAGUGUGUAGCAGAACUUCCAGACGCUUGA